AUGAUGCUAAUCCCAGGAUUACAAUCGGCCAAUGACUAUCAAGCAGACCAGGCACAACGUGGCUUCAGAGCAUUCGACAUAGAUGACACAUUUUGCAUGUCAGAUAUCGACGUGUUUAUCCCGAUGCCGUUUUACGACCCUUUGCGCACCGCACUUAAACGGAUUCGUGUAAGCCUUAUCGUGGGCACACGAAAGCGAGGGAAACGCUCUAUUGCUGUUCGUUGUGAGGCCACUACUCUAAGCGCUGAGAAGCCCUGCGGAAGGACGCGUUUGUUCUUAGAGUUUCAAAUGACAUUUCUCGCUCUACCCAUUCUUCUACUGGUCAAUAAUGCCAUCCGCCAGUUGAAUCUGCCCACACUGAUGAGCCGCAUCGAGGGCCUAAUCGCCCUGCUUGUACCUGUGGAAAUGUAUCAGUCUGAUAUCUCAUCAAAGAAUACUACUCAAAGCGACCAUAUUUCACUCAUGUCUGACGCAAGUGGAGAUUCUGACUGCUCUAGUCCCCGGGCUGUGGCCUCCACGCCGAUCACUGUUGUGGCCGUCAUAAAAAAGACGGUCAUGUCAGCGGCUUCCAAAAGCAACCGCUUAACAGGAGGGUUAAAACGCCCAAGGUUGGCAAUUAAACGUGCGCGCGAUCCCCCUAGAAAUGAAGCAGGGCAAAUUUAUUGUGAUCACCCUGAAUGCCGAAAUAUUACUCCAACUUUUCGUAGGCCUUGCGAAUGGAAUAAACAUAUGGACAAACAUGACAGACCCUAUAAAUGUUGCAACCCAGAUUGCACAAAGCUACCCGGGUUUACAUACUCAGGGGGUUUGCUUCGACAUCAGCGAGAAGUGCAUGACAUGCACACGCCGCAAAAAAGGUUAAUGUGCCCACACACAGAGUGCAACCGUAGCUCAGGAAAGGGGUUUACCCGGCAAGAGAACCUUAAUGAGCACCUGCGACGACUACACAGUAGAGCAUCGCAGAAAAAUACGAUUCUUUCAACCCCCUCAACAAAACGAAGCCCUUCUGGCUCAGAGAAGAUACCAGGAAAAGUCUCUGGUUCGGCGUCACCAAUUCAACCGGCAAAAAAAAGAAAGCGAACAAUGAGCGAUCCCGGAAACAGCUCUGGUGUCGAUUCCCUGCGCGGCGAAGUCGUUCGCCUUAGAACUGAAAUACAGCAGAAAGAUUCUCGACUAGAUGAGUUAGAGAAAGUCGUCAAAGAGUUGCGGAAGACGAUUAAAUGUGAAUGA